AUGGCGGGCACAGAGGAAGAAAGCGCAGUGAAGGAGCCUUUGGAUCUCAUAAGGCUCAGUCUCGACGAACGUAUCUACGUCAAACUCCGUUCCGAUAGAGAGCUUCGUGGCAAGCUUCACGCUUAUGAUCAGCAUCUUAAUAUGAUUCUUGGUGAUGUUGAAGAAAUUGUUACCACUGUUGAAAUUGAUGAUGAGACAUAUGAAGAAAUUGUUAGGACUACAAAGAGGAUAGUCCCUUUUCUGUUUGUUAGGGGAGAUGGGGUGAUAUUGGUUUCCCCACCAUUGAGGACUGCAUAA